UCCGGGUGCCACUUCUACUGGCACUACAGAUGUCUUUGUAGGGUUACUGUUAUCACGGCUCACAAGGAGCGAAUCAUUAUGAAGGUGACAGCAGCGACAGCAGUAGUGUUGGGCCUGCUGGCCAUCCUGGUACCUCAGAGUAAUGCCCGCUCAGUAUUGGUGGACCAGGUGACCUCAGCACUGCAAGGGAGUUUUGAUGCCUUGAAUGCCAAACGAAGUGAUUGGUUGAAUAACUACUCAACCAUGAACAACAUGACGAAGACAGAUAGUGCCAGCAUGAAAGAACUUCUCUUGACUAGCAAGCUGGUGAUGCCCUUGAUGUGGCAAAUGUAUGCAACAUCUGUCAGGAAACAGAAGAAGUUCUACGACAUUGUGGUGAAUGAGGAGGAGCAGUCACUCCCCUUCCGUGCCCACGCUGUCCCAACCAACAUGGGCAGCAAUAUGUACUUUGAGGCCACGCUCCUCCUGCAGCAGUAUAGAGAUUUUCAGGUGCAGAUUCUGCUGAACAAGGUCGAAAUUUUCUUCCUUAAUGUCCACUUCAAUGAAAGGCGGGCAGUGAUAGGCCACAGUGUGCAUGAUGAGACUGAAGAAAAGGCUGUGCUAGCAGAUGACCACUUCCCUGAAAUUACACUCAACAAGCCCUUCCGGAUCAAUGUACAGGUGGUGGAAGACUGCAUUGUUGCCUCCAUAUGGCUGAGCAACUUAGAACUGACUGUACCAAUGCCUCUUCCUGAGAAACACAUCUGGUGCACCAGGGAAUACACCUUAUUCACGCGCAACACUUAUUACCUCAAUAUUCAUCCAAUUGGAGGGCACCUGAGGCAAUUUCUUGAAGAGGACCAUGCCAGCCAUGAAGAACAAGAAGACAAUGAGCAGCAAAAUGCCAGCAAUGAGAGUCAAGAGGACCAUGAGUAUGAAGCUAGUGACAUGAAGCUUGUCUCUGCUGUAGUUUAUAAUGGCCUCAUCUUUCAAUAGAACAAGAAUAUUAUGACAUCAUCUAUCCUUACUUUUUUUCUUUUCAUCUUUGAAGAAGUAGUAUGCUAGUUAUUUUUUAGAUGGGUAUGUCCCUUGUUGGUCUAACUAAUACACAUACUGGGUUCUAUUAUACUUAAUGAAUCAGAAUCUAGAAUCUUAAUGAAUGAAUCUAAUCUAGAAUUGACAAAAAGUAUAGUAUCAUAGCAAAAAAGAAAUGUACAUAAUAUUUUAUUCAUGGAAAUUACCAUUAUAAUUCAGCUGUGAUAAACAGGUAUGUAUCCUAAAAUAUACUUUCUUGUCAUGUGACAACUGUAUUUGUAUCUGAAAUUUCAUUCACAUAUUACAGAGUUGCUUUGAAUUUAAGUAACUGAAAUAUAGGCACACCAAUUACCAUGCUUACAAAAAAUAUUUUCCAGGCCUAUAGAACAAAAUUUCUGUUAACAAAUUGUUAUAUAUUAAAUGUGGAAAUUAUUACAUAAGUUCAUCCUGAUGUUAUAUAUAUAUAUAUAUAUAUAUAUAUAUAUAUAUAUAUAUAUAUAUAUAUAUAUAUAUAUAUGGUGUCCCAUAAGUUUCCAUACAUAUGGUAUCACGAAUGCCAUUACAAGCAUAAAUCCAGAUGUGUUCAUUGUGUUCUUCAGCAGUGGAGGACACACAAUGAAAUGUUUUCAACACAAAGGCAGUCAUAAAUAGGAUGUUAUAUAAAUAAAAAAAAUAUUUCUAUAAUUCUAUGAUUUCUUAUAAUUUUUCCUAUGCAUGGAAACUUAUGGCAUACCCUGUGUAUAUAUAUAUAUAUAUAUAUAUAUAUAUAUAUAUAUAUAUAUAUAUAUAUAUAUAUAUAUAUAUAUAUAUAUAUAUAUAUAUAUAUAUAUAUAUAUAUAUAUAUAUAUAUAUAUAUAUAUAUAUAUAUAUAUAUAUGCCAAGAUGAAAUCUUCCUUAAGGGUAAGUCUUGUUAUAGAAAUAAAAGUACAGAGCAAUAGAAUUCUAGUUUCCUCAUAAUGUUCCUUAAUAUCCUUAAUGACUUGCAGGGAAUACAGUGGCAACAUUCUUCCAGCCCAGUCACAGAAUGUGCAGCUAAAUCAUCCCUCUACCAGGAGUGUGUGUGUGUGUGUGUGUGUGUGUGUGUGUGUGUGUGUGUGUGUGUGUGUGUGUGUGUGUGUGUGUGUGUGUGUGUGUGUGUGUGUGUGU